AUGAAACGUCGGAACAGUUUGUUCCUUUCAUCAGGAAGUGGUUUCAGUAACACUGAAGGCAUUGAAAUUGCUACUGAGAUGGCGCCAGGUGAAUCGCUUCGGUUAUCACCGGAGCUUAUUACCGAACAUAUUAUCAUGUCCGAAUAUGCUAUGAUUUGUCGAGAUCCAAUAGAUGGUUUAUAUGCGGUACCGAGCGCUCGAAAUAAGUUCGAAUGGUUUGGUUUAUUGUUUAUUCGACGGGGUGUCUAUGCUGGUGCCAUCUUUCGCUUCACUUUGCAUCUUCCUGUGGAUUUCCCAUCUACGGAAUUACCAACAAUAGUUUUCGAUUCGGAUGUAUUCCAUCCACAUGUUAAUCCAGUUACUCGAGAACUGGAUUUGAAAAAAUAUUUUGUUGAUGGUUGGAAAUCUGAUCAGCAUCAUCUCUACCACAUUUUGCUUAUUGUACAGGCAUGUAUUAGAACAUUUUUUACAUUCGAUUCAAAUCCAGCGACAUGUGCUAACACCGAAGCAGCAGCAUUACUUCGCGAUAAUAGGGAAUUAUACAGAGUGCGGGCCAGCGAACUUAUUAAGAAAAGUCGGUCUAUUAUAUACGAACCCGUUGAUACGGACGAUGCAAACGCCAUUAGACUUAUGCCAUGGGAUGCAUCCGUUCACGAACCAUUGCGACAAAGGCUUAUAGGUGGACUGACUGACAGUCAAAUAAGCACGAUGUCAUUAUUAGGUUCGCUUGGUUGCGGCCUUAAUAAGCCGUCAAUAUUUGAAUCCCGGGCUAAACAUGGGUUUUCGUGGAUUUCUCCAGCCGAUUUAUGUUAUAUGGUGGAACCACCGAGACCAGCUGAGCUUGAUCUGAAAAUAAUAUCAGAAGCGGAAAACAGUCCAACGAAUGCAGAACAAUUCUACGCUUCUUGUUCGGGUUGUGGAUUAAACGACAACAAUUUAACAAAUGGAAUCAUUAUUCCCCCUAUUUCCGAACUGAAUUUGAAUGGUGAGAGUGAUUUCAAGCAGGAAAGUGGAGAAGAAUCACAACAAGAAUUGGAAAAAGAUAGCUCAAAUUUACUUAAAGAUGUUCUACAAAAUGAGGAUGGUGUUAAAGGUCCUGUUGCCAAGCGUAGCGAGAACAAUGGUUUAGUGGAGAAAACGUGUGAGGAACGGGAAGUUAAGGAACAGGAAAGAGAUGUGACACCAUUUUCUGGAUUGGAAAAAUGUGAUCAUAGAAAAAAUGAAUAUAUGAAGGCUCAGCAAGGUGAUGAUGUAUCAGAUAGAAAUGCUGUCGAAUCACGAUCAAAUUGGAUCAGUGAUGAAGUUGGGGGAAGUGAUAUAUAA